CGGCUUUUGCGCGUGCGCGAGUCCUGGCGCGUGCCCGCCCUCCCGCAACUGUCCGACCCGGCGGGUGGGAGGGGUGGGUCUGGGAACGUUGCGGCGGCUGUCGCCGCGGCCCCAGCACCCAGAGCUGUUCUCCAACCAAGCCUGCGGUUGGAGUCCUUCCUUGCCUCCUGGGGCGGCAGCCACCGCCCCCAGAUGGUGGGUCCGGAGGAUGCCGGAGCCUGCUCGGGAAGAAACCCCAAGUUGCUCCCGGUGCCUGCGCCCGAGCCCGUGGGCCAGGACGGGAAGGUAAUCCGGGCCACUGGCGGCUUUGGCGGAGGCGUCGACGCUGUGGAGCCGCCGGAGGACGCUGAAGAGGAGGAGGAGACGCCGCCUCGCCAGCUCCUUCAGUGUUACCUCGCGGAGGCCGGGGAACAGCUGGAGCCGGGGCUCUGCCACUGUCCGCUCCCCGCUGGUCAGGCCGGCGCCCAGCCGCCCUCGGCAGCUCCAACAGCGGACGCCUGUCCGCUGGACUCGGGCUCCAAGCACCCCGGCGCGGAGGUGGCGGAUGGCCCCGCGCCGCGACACGGAGGCAUGACCAACGGCGACUCGGGCUUUCUGCCGGACCGGGACUGUCGCGAUCUGGAAGAGGCUCGCGGGCUGGCGCGCGCCGGCGGCCGGGAGUCGCGCCGCCGCCGCCCCUGCGGCCGCCUCCGCCUGGAGGGGCCUGGCGACCAGGACUCCGACGGCGCGGGCAGCCCGUCCGACUGGGCCUCGCCGCUUGAGGACCCGCUGCGGAGCUGCUGCCUGGUGGCCGCGGACGCCGAGGAGCCCGAGGGCGAGGGCAGCGGCUCCGGGAACAGCCCGGCCAGCAGCUGCAGCAGUAGCGAGUACUCGGAGCAGCCCGGGGCCGGCGCCGGGGGUCCCCAAGAGGGCGCGCCCUCUGGCCGCUCGGCCGAGAGGACUAGUGGGGGUGCGGAGCCGCGCCUGGGCUUUUCUGACAUUCACUUGAACUCUCGGAACACGUUCGAGGUGAGCCGCGGUCAGAGCGCCUGCGAUCACUUGCCCCCGGCGGGGCCGCCGGUGCCCUCGCCUGCCGCGGAGCAGGGUCCCGUGGGGACUUCGGCCCGGGCUCGACGGAGCGGCGGCUUCGCGGACUUCUUCGCCAGAAACCUUUUUCCAAAAAGGACAAAGGAACUCAAAUCAGUUGUCCAUAGUGCUCCUGGUUGGAAAUUAUUUGGUAAAGUCCCUCCUAGAGAGAAUCUUCAGAAAACAUCCAAAAUCAUUCAGCAGGAAUAUGAAGCACGGACAGGAAGGACCUGUAAACCACCACCUCAAUCUUCAAGACGUAAGAAUUUUGAAUUUGAGCCACUUUCUACCACUGCCCUGAUUCUUGAGGAUCGACCAUCAAAUCUUCCUGCCAAAUCUGUGGAAGAAGCUUUACGUCACCGACAAGAAUAUGAUGAGAUGGUGGCUGAAGCUAAAAAACGAGAAAUUAAGGAAGCACAUAAAAGAAAAAGAAUAAUGAAAGAACGAUUUAAGCAGGAAGAAAAUAUUGCAAGUGCAAUGGUAAUUUGGAUCAAUGAAAUACUGCCCAAUUGGGAAGUAAUUGUGGAAAAGAUGGUAAAGAAUAACAAAUUAAAAUUUGCAAAUAUAUUUCUUUCCUAUUUGUUCUUUCCCCCCCCAGAACUUUAUGAAAUCUUCCUCUCAAGAGCAAAAGAACGGUGGAAAAGUUUCAGUGAAACAAGUUCAGAGAAUGAUACAGAAGGUGUGUCUGUUGCUGAUCGAGAGGCCAGUCUGGAAUUAAUUAAGUUGGACAUAUCCCGUACAUUUCCAUCUCUCUACAUCUUUCAGAAGGGUGGCCCAUAUCAUGAUGUCUUACAUAGUAUUUUAGGGGCAUAUACAUGCUACAGACCUGAUGUUGGUUAUGUCCAAGGGAUGUCCUUCAUUGCAGCAGUACUCAUUCUCAAUUUGGAAGAGGCAGAUGCCUUUAUUGCAUUUGCAAAUCUCCUGAAUAAGCCAUGCCAGUUGGCCUUCUUUCGUGUGGAUCACAGCAUGAUGUUGAAAUAUUUUGCUACAUUUGAAGUAUUCUUUGAAGAAAAUCUCUCCAAAUUAUUUCUUCACUUCAAAUCUUACAGUCUUACACCAGAUAUAUACUUGAUAGACUGGAUCUUCACAUUAUAUAGCAGAUCACUACCACUUGAUCUGGCCUGUCGAGUCUGGGAUGUAUUUUGCAGAGAUGGGGAAGAAUUUUUAUUUAGGACUGGAUUAGGAAUACUUCGAUUAUAUGAAGAUAUUCUCCUGCAGAUGGACUUUAUUCAUAUAGCACAGUUUCUAACUAAAUUGCCAGAAGAUAUCACAUCAGAAAAGCUGUUCAGUUGUAUUGCAGCCAUUCAGAUGCAGAAUAGCACCAAAAAAUGGACUCAGGUCUUCACAUCUGUAAUGAAGGAUAUUAAAGAAGGAGACAAGAACAGUAGUCCUGCUUUGAAAAGCUAGUCUUCAAAAUUGACAGAUGAAUUGACAUAUAAAAGGUGGUUUUUGGAUAAAGGUUUUUUGUUUCCUAUAUAAAAGGCAUGGAAGAAAAUGUUGAAGAUAUCUAAAAGAAUCAAGAGGUGGAAAACUGCUGAUUUUAGAUUUUAUGGCUGAAGUAAAUGAAAUAAGUAACUUAUUGACAGUAUUAAUAAAAUGUUAUUUUGUAGGUAGAGUCAUUUUUCAAAGGAAAAAGUUUAAAUGGUGAGUUUAUACUCCACAAUUUGGAAUAAACAGUUUAAUGCAAUAAAUUUUUAAAAUAGUUUUGGAGAUAACUUCAAAUUUUUACAUCUUUUCUUUUGUAACUGUUACCACAAAGAUACUCUGGAGGUUAGAACAGGAUUGUUAAGUACUACUGCUACCCUCCAAAGUACUAUAGUACAGACAUUGUUUCCAGUUUUGAACUUUUGAAGAUAUUAUAGACCAGUAGUAAACAAAUUGGUUGUAAAUUAUCUAAGUCACUGAAGGUGUCAUUUAUCUUCAUUCAUAAGUUGGGGUAAAUGUGAGUUAUCUAGGAACUGGAAAUGUUGGUGGGUGAUUGUUUAUUGUUUGUUUAGAUGUUUUUCCACAGUACUGUGUUCACUUUUUUUUUAAGGGAAAUUUGUUGUCUUCCUUAAGGAAUUUCUAUCACUCAGAAUUGUAGCUGUUCUGGUUCUAGUCUAACAAAUUAUUCAUCUAAUAAUUUGACAUUAAGAAAACUAUAACUGGUAGAAGGAAAGUUCUUUGCACUUGAGUGGAUUGAAGACUUGACUUUGAGAGUAAGUCCAGAAACUUAUGAAGUUUCUCAGUGAUAAGAGUAAAAAGUAGUGUAUCCUGAGAGUUCUUAAAUAGCAUGCUACUUGGCAAGACUUUAUAUUUUUUUAGUUACAAUUCUUCCACUGUCUAUAGAAACAAAAUUUGUUAACUCCAGUUUGAAAUUUGAAAUCUAAUAUGUAGCUAAAUCUAUGACUUGUAAAACACUAUGCAUAAUUUUUCUAAUCAGUAGAAAUUAGAGUGAAAGAAAAAGAUAAAGUUAAUUUUUUUUUCUAAGUCUACAUCCUAUCUCUUAAUUCAAUUGCCUGAAGAAGCUGUGUGAGGAGAUAGUCUGGUUAUUGGUUCCUUUAUCUAUCAAUGCCAUCGUAAUCUCUUCACAUGUUACACUAAAUGCUGCCUGUAACCCAUCCUCAUCUUCUUUACUCAUCAUUGCUUUCUUCAAGGAAGAUCUAGAUACUGCCUCAUCUACCUCAUUAUCAGCUAGUGACUGAUCUAGUUAGUGACUCUUUGGAAGACUGAUAGCCUCUAAAUGAGUUAUCCAACUUCCACUUCCUCCCAUUGGCCACUUUACAUAGGUUUGAGAACUUAGCAGGUGCUAAAUCCUCAUGCCCACGGAGGCAAAAUACUUUGAGGAAUGGGAACAUCUCUUCACUGUGUUCUUGGAUCAGCCUUCUCUCAACCACCAAGAAAUGCAUGAUUUCUCUGCCAACUCCGGAAAGUAGUGCUGUAUGAUUGUAUCAUUCUUUGAUGAAUUCUUUCAUUGAAACAUAGGGAGUCAUUUCCAAAAAGGUAGUUAUGAGCUUAAAUUAAAUUGACUUAUGAACAUUUUGCCUGUGGGCCCUACAGUGUCAUGACCCUCCAGUUGAAACAGAGCAUGAAUUAUUUUUUUGUUGAGUUCUUGAACUGCUAACCAGGUGUAUGUUUCCUUGAAGUCCAGAGCAGGAUCCAGGUCAGAUGAAGGAGGUGGUAUACCUGGCUUAACUGCAGAAAAUAGAGCAUUGAACUUCUUCACAAUGAGCUGCAUUGGGUUUCUGUUUGGCUUUCUCACUGAAUAGUAAAUUAGGGAAAAUGCUGCUUUUACUAUUUUGCAUUUUAUGUCAACAUUUACAGCCUUUUCCCAGUCAGGUGCUGUCCAAGGAACAUGUUUCCUUUGGGAGGUCUGAACAGCAUGAUCUGGCUUGAUGUAUUUCUUGAGCUCUAGUACCAUAUUAUAGAGUUGUUUAAAUGUAGCCAACAGCAGUGUCAGAACAAUUGACAUUGUCCCUCCAAGAUUCAAUGCAUUGGCUUUCAGAGAGCUGCUACUAGAGCCAUACAUGAGGCAGUGAACACAUCUUUAGGUGGUGGCAAGGCUAUAUCUGAUUAAUAGAGAUCUCUGAUCUCUAACGACAUAUUGCUAUUGUCCUAUUACAUUUAAAUUUGAACCUAAACUAAAUCACUUGAGUGUUAUGAGUGAUGUCUAUAUAACAUGCCAUUUGGCUAGAUGUAUAGUGCGUUUUUAUGUUGCAGUUUGGUUUGAAACAACACUUAAGCACACUAUUUCUGUUAGUGGUAUAUAGUUUUCAAACUAACAAGCUGUGAUCCUUGUUAGUGUAGUGACUGCCUUUUUAGGAGUAUGGGACCCUAGGGUGCCCAUGUAUUUUUAUCCCGUGGGUCAUUCUAUCCUAGGUACUACUAGAAGACCCCUCAAAAGGUAACUGCUAUUAUAGGGACUUACUUAGUGGAAACUGGUAGUAUAAUAAAAUAUUGAAGGAGGCUACGGUCUUAGUAGGUUUUAGAAUGACCUUUUAACUCCACUAACUACUUACUUGGUGUUGAUGUCCCUAAUAGAGGAAAUACAACCUCUAGCAGUAAUCUCAUUCAGGUUAUACUACCUGCCUAAAUUUAAUCAUACUUGUAUGUAUUUGUUUCCUCAGUUGGAACUAAGUUACUGUAUUUCUUUUAUUUUUUUUAUUAUUGUACAGUUUCUUUACCUUUCAAGUAUAAAUGUGUAUAUAAAAUGUAAAUACGAGGAAUUCACUAAAAACCACUCAUAACAAUUACUGUGUAAAUAAAACUGGUAAGCAGAGUAAUUA